CGCCCACUGUGUUGAAAUAGGAAGUACAUUUAUACGGAAAUAGAGGAAGAAAUGGACACGGUCGGUCAAAGAAAAACGUUUCUGAGCUGAGUGAGCUGUGACUUACAUCUAAAACAAGUUUCUCUGGGGAGAGAGAGAGAAGGGGACCACUGCCUCUAAAAUGAGUCUGUCUGGGGAGAGCGAGGAGAGAGGAAUUGCCUCUAAGAGGAGGUAUUCUGAGAGAGAGCGGGCCAAUGCCUCUAUAAAUAGUUUGCCUCAAGACACCAGUUCUACGAGAGACCAUGGUGGAGAGAGUUGUAUCAAGUCUGGACCUGAGAAAUGGAUUCCUCAGAGCUGUAAGACUUGUGACCAUGUUGAGGACUCCACACACAGACUUCAGAUUGAACCCUUGACUUCCACUGUCCAGGGAGUGACAAUGUUCAGGCACAGGACACCCAAAGGGAGUUAUGAGUGCACAGUGUCUGGGCUCCGCUGGCUAUGUGAGAGAGAUGUCAUUCUGAAGUAUCACUUCAGGAACUGGGAACCCUACAGUCAACUUCUGAAAGACAUGCAGUACACACAAGGUGGUCCAUUGCUGGACAUCACUAUGGAGUUAGGUGAACUGGAGGAAGUUCAUCUGCCACACUUUGUCUGUUUAGGGACCAACCCUUCCCUGAGGAAUGAGAUGAAGAUUCUUCAUGUAGAGGAACAUGGAGUGUCUUUUGGGAAAGUGCAUGAGGUCACCAGAUUCCAUGCUAAGAUUCUCCAUCCCAAGUUCUCAUCGGCCUCUGUUGUACUGAAAUAUAUCGCCUGUUGGAACGUAGAUGUCCACUGUGACGUGAUCCUCUAUUUGGCAGUAAAAAGGUCAACAGUCAUUUCAAGGCUGUACCUGCUCCUCAGAAACUCCAGUCAGAAAGAGGCUGUUCAGGAACGGGAGAAAGGUCAGCUGUCCCAAGGAUAUUCUGAAUUUCUCCUGUCAAGUCCAAAUGGGUCCUUAAAGCUGAACAAUUGGUUUGCACUCAAGAAUCCCCUCUCCACUUCCGUCAAUCCAGAGAAGAUUCAGCUGUUACCUGCAGACACCACACCAAGCUGUUGUAAGAUGAUUAUGGGAAACACAGGGGUUGACAUUGAGAUGGAGUUAAUUGGGGAUGAUGAGAGGAUAGCAUGGAGAGAUAUGCUACGAACAGAUGAAUACAUCACUGAAACCCAUUCAACUAGUGCUGUGUUGGGGGCAGGAGGUCCGACUGAGAGCAGUCUGACUGGUUCCGCAGAGCAGCAGCUGCGUUCUGUACGGACAGAGUUUGUGAAACGAGUAUCAGGACCUGUCCUGAAUGAACUGCUGGACGUACUCCUGCAACACACAGUCAUCAACCAGGAGGAAAUGGAGUCAGUGAAGGUGAUAGCUGAGAGGACAGAGAAGGCACGUGACAUCAUCGACAUGAUGUUGAGAAAAGGAAAUGAGUCAUGUUCCAGGAUGAUCAACCUUCUUGGGGAGCUGGACCAAUGUCUUUGUUCACUGCUUCAGAUCAACAGUGUUGGGGUACCAACCUAAUGGUAGAAUGGAUAGUAACAGUGUUGGGGUACCAACCUAAUGGUAGAAUGGAUAGUAACAGUGUUGGGGUACAAAAUACAAAAAUAACUGUACAAAUGUUAUGGAGACACAGUGUUGUGUAAAAACAUUGCAUAUAAUAAUUGGAAUCAUUUGGACCGGGGAGACCUGAUCCGAGAUCAACCCUCCUAAUCAACACCAUGGGGUGUAUUCACUAGGAAACAGACCUGAUCCUAGAUCAACCCUCCUAUUCAACACCAUGGGGUGUAUUCACUAGGAAACAGACCUGAUCCUAGAUCAACACUCCUAUUCAACACCAUGGGGUGUAUUCACUAGGAAACAGACCUGAUCCUAGAUCAACACUCCUAUUCAACACCAAGGGGUGUAUUCACUAGGAAACAGACCUGAUCCUAGAUCAACACUCCUAUUCAACACCACGGGGUGUAUUCACCCAGGAAACAGACCUGAUCCUAAAUCAAUACUACCUGAAUUUGUCCCAAAGAAACUACUAUUUUGUUGCAAAACGUUGUGCUACGGUGGGUGACUAAUUAAUACACCCCUGAUCUGACUGGGCUGUAAAUCUUGGUAAAAAAAGCAACAACAAUCCUCCACCACCCUCUUCAGAGGACAAAUAUCAUAGUUUUAUUUCAGCUUUUUUGCUACACAUACAUUUCCAUGUGCCAUAUAUUUUUUAAUUGGGAUGUGAUGUUUUACAAAAUGUUUGAACCUUUCUAAUUGUAUGGUAUCCACAGAUUGUGAGCUAAAGAUGAAAACCUUUCCUGCAGGUAUUAUUAUGCGGGUAUUAUUAUUAUGUUAUUAAUUGACUGACUGUGUCUUUCCAAAUCACCCAACACUGCUAUUUGUAAGGUUAACUUUAAGCACGUGAUUUUUUUUUAACCGUUCCUGAACCUGUGAGCAGAAACUAGCUACAUCGGGGCAAUACCAGAAUAAAUGAUCUAUUGAUUCUGUCUCUUCACAACAAAAUCUACAGAGCUGAGAUUGUUGUAUUGUUGCCCUAUAUAUAUAUAUAUAGUAUUCUGUUGGUGGCAAGAAAUGUAUAUAAUCAUUUAUAUUGAAAACUGUUGAGUCAAGUGUAGUUUUUGUACCAGUUCAUUAACCAUAUGCCAUGGAAUUGGUACAUCGAAAUUCUCCUCCCUGUUAUUUUGCAACCUGUAUGGCGCAGCUGUCAACAUUUUUGUCCUAUGAUGAAACUGGUAUAUUUUUCCAUUUAUGCUAGUUCCUUUCAGCCAAUUUGUAUCUUUAAUGUAUGGCAGGCAAACAAGUUCCCUACCGUCUCCCUUUUCCACUUGCCGACUCCAUUUUUGUGGUAGUGCUGCAAUUAGUUGGUUGUAAAUUUGGAUUGAGCAGACAUUCCCAUAUAUUUUAGAUAACUGCAUAUGUGACAACUCCAUUUCAAUUCAUAAUAUCAUAAUAAAUAAAAUACAAUUUUGAAACA